AUGGGGAAUAUCAUCAACGGCUUUACCGGAUUCAUCGAGAAGUCUUUUGCAAAGCGGGAGAAUAAACCAAGUAUCGAAUCACCGGAACUGCCGGUGGCAAUAAGGGAAGCUUUCAAUGAGACCAAAUUACCCACCGCCACGACGGCGGCGCACAGAGAACCCACCACCACCGCCGCCGCCGCCACCGCAGCUACGGUGCUCAACUAUUUACUGAUGGGAUAUCUUUGCUGCGGAAUUGGGUACGUAGUUCGGGAUUUACACCUGCGGAUGACGUCACCUAGACAACCGCCUCCGGCCGAGCCAUCAUCACCGGAACCACCAACUCCGCCGUCGGCACAACAAACUCCGGCCGAGCCGUCACCGCAGCUACCAACACUGCCGUCGCCGCAACCAUCGUCAGCUCCUCCUCCGGCAACUAUCAAAGUUAUUGAAGCAGAAGUUGCUCCUUUAUCGCCUUCCGACACUAACGAAGGUACUAGAGAAUCUCCUCACUGUGGAAUAGAUCCGGCAGCCGCCAAUGCCGAUGCCGAAGCCGAUACCGAUGCCGAUGAAUGGGUGCAUGUUGCUACGAAUUGA